AUGGUGGUCGUCCGCGUCGCCGCACGCUCGCACAACCAGGGGCGACAUCGGCUAGUCGAACCCCUCCACAUCCUCGGCAAGAGAGACGAGCUCGGCUUCUCCGAUCACUGGGAUUCGGACAGCGCAGCCGGGCCUAGCGCUUCACGACAGUUCACUAAAUCUUCGUCCGGUGAGAAAAGGUUGACGCCGGCGAUCCGAAAGAAGGCGAAACUGGCGCUACAGAACCCGACAAAGCGAACGCCGCCCGUCGUCACGGAACCGGCACCCUCUUCGUCGUCGCUCGACGUGCUAGGCUCGAUCCUUGCCGAACAGAGCCUGCUGCAGUUGAAGUCGGCGGACGUGCGGAUCACGCGCGACGGCUCGAUAAAGCCGACGUCGCUGUCUGCCGUGAAACUGCAGUCGCGUGCCAGCCGCGUGUCCGAGAAGGCGCGCACGGCGAGAACCCUCGACAAGUCGUCGUCGUCGUCGUCAGCGACGGGAGACGAGCGGGUCGGCGCCGCGCGGCCAGAGCGCGUUGGCGUGGCGACGUCUCCCACGCGGCCAGAGCGCGUCGAGCAGAAGACGGUGGGCGACGAUGACGUGUGCACGCCGCUGCUGAAGGAGCUGAUCUACGAUCCGCGGCGGAACGUGCCUCGCCGCGCGCGCACCGAACUCGUGUACGCGAUGAUGCGCGGCGACGGCGACUCGGACGCCGGCGACGCUCCGGUGAAGAGCGGCUGUUGUGCGCAGGGAAACGGCGCUGCGGGGAACGCGGUCAUCUCACCGCAAGAGGGCGCCACGAGUGCGCCGACGAACUGCGCGUCCGGGGAUUCAGCGACGGCGACGGCGGCGGCGGCGCUCGACGAGUGCGGGUUUGAGGCCGUGUCCGAAGCAGAGUCGAUGGACUUCGGCGGUGGGGACGACGGAGACGAUCGAUCGGGGAGCGGUGGUGAUGGUGACGGUGCCAGGGGAGAUGCUUCGGAGCAUGGCAGUGACGCCGAGGGAGCGAACGAGAGCAACGGCGACGACGAUGCUGCGAACGGUAAUGAGGAGGAUGGAGCGGAGGAUGGGGAAGUGGAGGAAGGUGGAGCGGUGGAGGAUGGGGAAGCGGAGGAAGGUGGAGCAGAGGAUGGGGAAGCAGAGGAGGAUGGAGCGGAGGAUGGGGAAGUGGAGGAUGGGGAAGCAGAGGAAGGUGGAGCAGAGGAUGGAGUGGUGGAAGGUGGAGCGGAGGAUGGGGAAGUGAAGGAUGGGCAAGCAACCCCAGCCGCCGGAGAGGAGGAGGAGGACGAGCGGGAAGAGGACCGGGAGGGUGAUGAGGAAGAGCCAGCAGAAGAGGAAAGAGAAGAAGGCGAGGCAGCUAGUGAGGGAGAGGCGGACGAGGAUGACGAUGAGGUGGAGGACGGGGAAGUGGCAGACGAUAACGAAGCUGAUCCGGUCAGCGAAGAAUCGGAAGAUGCCGCACACGAAAACGGCCAAGAAGAAGACGAUGAAGAAGAAGAAGAAGAAGACGAUGAAGAAGAAGAAGAGGUAACUAGAGCUCAAGAGGAAGGAGGCGCAGAUGACGAACAAAAUGAAAGCAAUACAGCAGAAGACGGCGAAGAGGCGUGCGAGAUGCAAGAGGAGGAGGCCAACGAAGACGGAGACGAAGAUGAAGCAAACGAACACGAAGAGGGAGAAGAGCAAGACGAGGAGGAGGAAGAAGAAGCUGCGGAGGGCAACGACGACGACCAGGCCGACGAAGAGGCGAACGAAUCACACGACGAUGGAGAUGGCGACGGUAGCCACGGCGACGAUGCUGCGAGGGAACCGGCCAGCAGCGGGGAAGAAGACGCCGUCGCCGACGGCAACGCAACGAACAGCGACGACGCGGGACACUCGUCACGCGGACGAUCGCCGUCUGUCGUCGGUUCAGUGGGCGACAACCAGGGGGCGCCUGCGUCGGACGCAGAGAGCAGCGGCAACUCAGUGUGCCUCGUCGACAUUGAGCAGCUGAUCGAGGUGAUCGACAUUGAGGCUGGGGUCGCGAAGGUCGAGCGCGUCACGCUCAAGUCCCGCCACCUCAAGCAGCGGCCGAACUGCCGGCCGCGCCGCCGCCGCCGCCAGCAGCAGGUGGGUACCUUGUCUUAUGUCACUGACCUUGUCUAA